AUGAAAAGGGGACGUAGAAAAGUUGAUGUAGAUGACAAUUGUCCAUCUAGUGGAAUGGCAUCUAGCCAAAGGAACGAUAAUUCCAAAAAAAAUAUCGUUCGGAAAAAAUAUGUAAUUGAGGAUGAUACUACUGACAGCGAAGAUAAUAAAAUAUGUAAAAAUAGACGUUUGGAUUUACAUAAUUCAAGUUCUAGAGAAAGCAAAGACAUGAAAUUAUGUGAAGAACCUAGACACAUAAAUGAAAAAUGUAUAAAUCAUAAUAACAAAAUAAACAAUAACAAUCCAGAAAAAGAUAUAUUUGAUCUAAGUGAUCCGUCUGAUGAUAUGAAACAUAAUAAUAAUAAUAAUAAUAAUAGCCAUACUAAAAAUAAUAUAUUUUGCCAAACAAACAAUCCAGAUACUUGUUUUAAGAUAAAAAAGGAUUCUACAACGAAACAAGAAAAUACAAGUUCUUCAUUACAUGAUGUAAGCAUUAAUGAUAAACACAAUGAAGUAACUAACGAAGAUGUAUUAUUAGGGGGAAAUGAUUCAAUUAACAAUGGAAAAAAUAUUAAUAAGAAAACAAAUAAUUUACAAAAUGUUAAAAAUACUACUAAUUCUAAAAGGAAAAAAUAUAAUUCAAAUAAUACUAUGCCAACGAAAAAGUAUAAUAAUACUCAUGAAGACAAUAUUAUUACUGAGAAUCAAGAAAAGGAAAAUACAUCAUCCAUCUAUGAUAAUACGUGCAAUAGGAAUAAUACGGUAGAUAUUUCUAGAGGAAAAAAGAAUAAAAACAGUAUAUCGAUACAUCCUAUGAGAUUAAGAAAUAGUACUGUAACCAACUGCAAGAAAGAAAAUUCACAAGGUGAUGAAGAAAAUGAAAAUAAAAACAAUAUACCAAAUAAAAGACAGACAAGAAAUAUCGGAAAGAAAAAUAGUAAUAUAGAAAAAGAAGAAAAAGGAAAUCAAGAAAAUAUUCAACAAAGUGAUUCUGUAAUAAAUAAUAAUAUCAUAGAAAAUAAAACGGAUGACAAAAGACCAAAUAUUGCAAAUAAAAAAAGUAGUCAAAAACGUACAAACAAAAGAAUGGAUGUAGGAACAUUUGAUAUAUGUGGAGAACAAAAUGGAAAUUCUAAAACAAAUAUUUGUACCCUUGUUAACACUAAUCCAAAUGAUUUGUAUGAUGAUGUAAAUGUGAAAACUGAUUGUGAUUGGAAGAAGUAUUAUUUAUCAAAUGUAAUUAGAUUUUUGAAUUGUAAAUAUGUGGAUUUAAAUAACUACCUUUUGUCAAUGAAAUACCAAAGUGUUAAGAAAAUUGAUAUACUUGAUUAUAUACAUACAAAAUAUUAUGAUAACCUAAAAUAUAUAUAUUUUGAUUUGCAUUUAGAAAAAAAUAGCAGUAAAAUAUCAUCUGGAGAUUUAUAUGUUAUUUUAAAUCCCAUACUUAAUAUAUCGUAUUAUCGUAAGAUGAUUGAUUAUUGUAUGUCGUGUAUUCCAUCAAAUUGUCGUCGUCGAAUCACUAGGAAAAGAUUUUUUAAUUCUAGUGCAACUAUUACUGAUAAUUCUAAUAUUAAUUCUAUUAGAACUGAUAAUUGGUAUACAACUAAUUAUAGAAAUAUUCAUGAAUCAGAAAUAUAUGAUUAUCAAUGGUCUAUACCUAACGAGCCAAAGGGUUCAUUUUACAGAAUGGUUAAUGCUUAUAGAAUUAAUAGAUAUUUUAGGUGUCGUGAUACAUUAUUAGCAAGGACCAUAAAUUUAAAUGCUACUAAUAAUGUAAGUGUUUUUUAUACCAUUGAUAAGAUUUCUUACGAAUAUAAUAUAAAAAUAACUUUUGAUAAUUUUUGGAAUAUUGCCGAUCCUGAAAAUAACUAUGUAUAUUAUUAUUAUUUUGAUUUUGAUACUAACCAAUAUUAUACAUAUAGAAUAAGUAAAAUUGGACGUACUGGAAAUUCCAAUCUAAUUAAAGAAUUCUUAAUCAAAAUGAAACCUACAUUUUGGUAUUUACAAGAUAUUCUAAUUUAUAGUAGCUUAAUAUUUCAUUCCACAUAUAUGAGAUAUGAAAAAAUGAUACAUUUUGUUACAUUUAAUGAUUAUGUACAAUUAUUCGUACAAGAACAUAUGAAACAGUUCUUGGAACAUUUUGACGCUCUUCAGGAACCUAUACCAAAAAAAUAUCUUCGUAAAAUUAAAAUAUAUAGGAGAUUGGAAUUUUCACUAAUUUUUACUCUAUGUGAAACAAGAAAAAAACUUGAUGCAUAUAGUUCUAUUACUCGUCGAAUUGACUCAUUCUUAUCAAAUUAUGCUUUCUUUUCUGAAAGUCAAAAAUUCCGAUUUAUAUAUCAUUUUUAUCGUGUUGGAUUAUUAGGAGUUAGUCCAUCUGAUUUAUAUAUGAAAACUAAUAAAUUUUUAUCUAUGUAUGAUGAAUAUGUAAGGAAAAAUGAACAAAAUGCUGAUAGGAUACCAAUCAUGUUUAAUAAAUUUGGUAUACUACUUGAAGCACUUAUUUAUAAAUGUAUUCAAUAUGAUAUUAUAAAUACGGAUAUAAGAAAUAAUAAAAAUGAAGCAAAAAAUACACCAAAUGUUGGAAAUGUUAAUAAUGCUGCAAAUUUUGCAAAAUCUGGAAAUGUUAAAAACUCUGGAAAUUUUUUAAAAUCUGCAAAUGUUAAAAGCGCUGGAAAUUUUGUAAAAUCUGGAAAUGUUGGAAAUUCUAGAAAUCCUGAAAUUCAUGAAAGUAAUCGUCCUAAUAACAAUGGGGGUAAAAAUGUAGAUCCCUCUGGUAACGUUACAGGAACAGAACAAGAUGAAAAUGAAACAAAAAAUGUAAUGCAAAUUAGUAAUAUUUUAUCUAAUUGUAUAUUAAGCGAAAUAAUUUCAAAUAUGGAAACAAUGAAGUUUCCUAAUAAAUAUUAUCCAUGGGAUAAUGAAAAUGUAUUUGAUCCAUUUUUAGAAUUAUUAUGUAUAUGUAAGGAUUUAAGUUGUACAAAUACAUUGUGUUAUAGAUCCUUAAUUAGAUAUAUUAAUGUUUUAAUUCAAAAUACUAUAUUAAGAAUAUUUGUUUUAAGAAAUUACAAAUUUAUAGAUAAAACGCCUAUUGAUUAUUUCAAAAUACAUAUGUUAUUAAAAUUAAUCUGUACCUUUACCCCUUGUUAUAAUUCUCGAAUUGUUAAAAUAUCUUGCUUCUUUAUGAUUUUCAUACUUAUGAAUAAGAAAAUAAAUCGAUAUAAACAAGAUUAUACAACGGAUUGGGACAAUCCCGAUUUUGAAAAAUUAAAAGAAAAAUAUUACCCAAGCAGUGAUCCAAAAAAAGAAGGAUUGUCAAAACCAAAUCAUAUGUAUGGAGUCCCAAUAGAGGUCCUACGUUUUUUUAUACCACACUAUAAACAAUGUAAACCAGAAGAUUUUAUAUAUUGUCCUGGUUAUAAACCCUAUGAAAAUGACUAUUAUAAUGUAGAUGGUACUGUUCGUAUUAUUCGUGAUCAUAUGAAAUAUAGUUUUUAUGUUGAGAAUAUUUGUUCUAAGAAGAUGCGUCACAAGAGAAGAAACAUAAGCGCAUUUAAUAAAAUUUUAUAUAAAAAUUUUAAAUCAAUGAAAAAACAAUUUACUUUGUUUCAUCGUCCAAACAUGUUAAAUUUAUCUUAUGAUUGGGAUUCAUUCCAAAAAGAUAUUAUGGUAUUAGUAAACCAAAUAUUAACCUCUUACGAAUGGCAUGGAUAUGGAGCUUUUGAAUCAUUCGUAAGGAUAUGGAGAUUUAAGAAAAAAUAUUCUAAGUCCUAUACAUCUAGUAAAAGUGUUGAGGAAAAUUUUAGAAAUAUAGAAGAAGACUUAGCUGAUUUAGAUGAAGAUCCAACAGAAAAUAUUAAUAAACCUAAUCAUUUAGAUGGUCAAAAUAAUGAAAACAAUAUAAAAACUAAUAAUGAUAAUACAAUGAAACAAAAUCAUCGAAAAUCUAGGGGAACAGCUGUAAAAGGACACAAAAAAAAAAUAAAUCGGGGAUCAAAAGGCAAACGUAAUUCUAUAAAUAUUCCAAAAGAGAGAAAGACUAACAUGUCACAAAUUAAUAAAUUCAUAUUUAAUAAAAAAGAUAUUAAAAUAAAAUGUGAAGAAAGUAGUAGUUCAAAUUAUGAAGAGGGAAAUAGUUCGAGUAAUGAAGAAAAUAAUAUAUCAACUGAUAAAAAUAUAAGUAAUACAAAUAAUAAAAAUAGAGAUUCAUUAUAUGAUAAUUCAAAGGUUGAUUUCAAAGGAGAUUAUAAAUUUAGCAAACAGUUUCAUAACUACAUACACAAGAAUCUUUUAGAUAAUAUGGAUACAACAGAUAGCACAAUUAAUAUUAUAUCAAAAUUGUUCGGUGGUGUGAAUAAAUCCAAUAACGCGAAUAAGAUUAAUAGUGUAAAUAAGGAGAAUGACAUGAAUAAGGUGAAUGCUGAACAUAAGAUGAAUGCUGUACAUAAGAUAAAUGCUGUGAAUAAGGUAAAUGCUGUGAAUAAGGUAAAUUCUGUGAAUAAGGUAAAUACUGUGAAUAAGCUAAAUUCUGUGAAUAAGCUAAAUAUUGUGAAUAAGACGAAUGUUCUGAGUAAGUUGAAUGCUGUGUAUAAGAUGAAUGCUGUACAUAAGGUAAAUGCUGUGAAUAAGAUAAAUGCUGUGAAUAAGGUAAAUGUCGUGAAUAAGACGGAUAUUCUGAAUAAGUUGAAUGCUUUGUAUAAGAUGAAUGCUGUGUAUAAAAUGAAUGCUUUGAAUAAGGUGAGUGCUGUGAAGAAGGUAAGUGCUGUGAAGAAGGUGAGUGCUGUGAAUAUGGUGAAUGGAGUAAACAAGGUGAAUGAGUUGAAUGAAGUGAAUAAGGUGAAUGAGGUGAAUGAGUUAAAUGAGGUGAAUAAUGUCAAUGUAGUGAAUGAGGUGAAUAAUGUCAAUGUAGUGAAUGAAGUGGAUAAUGUGAAUGAGGUGAAUGAAAUGAAUGAGGUGAAUGAAGUGAAUGAACUAAAUGAGGUGAAUGAGCUAAAUGAGGUGAAUGAAGUGAAUAAUGUGAAUGAGGUGAAUGAGCUAAAUGAGGUGAAUGAAGUGAAUAAUGUGAAUGAGGUGAAUGAAGUGAAUAAUGUGAAUGAGGUGAAUAAUGUGAAUGAGGUGAAUAAUAUGAAUGAGAUGAAUGAAGUGAAUAAUGUGAAUGAGGUAAAUAAUGUCAAUGAGGUGAAUAAUAUGAAUGAGAUGAAUAAUAUGAAUGAGAUGAAUAAAAUGAAUGAGCUAAACAAUAUGAAUGAGGUGAAUAAUAUGAAUGAGAUGAAUAAUACGAAUGAGGUGAAUAAUACGAAUGAGGUGAAUAAUACGAAUGAGGUGAAUAAUAUGAAUGAGGUGAAUAAUACGAACGAGGUGAAUAAUACGAAUGAGAUAAAUGAGAUGAAUAAUACGAAUGAGAUAUAUGAGAUGAAUGCGGUUAAUGAAGUGAAUAAGGUGAAUGAUGAAAAUAAUACAAAUGAUGCAAAUGAAGGAAAUAACGCAAAUUAUUCAAAUGAUUCAAGCAAUACAAAUAAUAACACAUCAAGCAGCACAAAUAACUCAAAUAAUAAUACAUCGUGUAGUUCACAGAACACCACAACUAGCAGCGAAAAUAAUGAUUCAUUAGAAAAUAAAAGAAAUGAAGAAGAUGACGAUGAAGAAGACGACCAAAAAGAUAUACAAAAAGAAAAAAAUAAUUUAGAACAGGAAGAUAUGAGUCCAUACGAAGAUAGAAAUAAAAAUGAUGAAAAAAAUAUUAAUGAACAAGAUAAAUUUCAUUUAUCAAAUGAUUUGGGAAAAAUAUAUGAUACAUAUAACCAAGGAGAUGAAGUUGUUGUAUCUAAGAAUAAGGACAAAUUAGAAAAGCAUUUGAAUGAUUACAAGAGUUAUUAUUAUUUAUCUAAAGCAACACUCAUGGACAAAAUUGGAGAAUCACAAAAUAAUAACAACUAUAAUGUAUGUAAUUUAAAUGAACUUGGAACUAAUGAAUCCAUAAAGACAAAUUCUGAUCAGAAUGAUAAUAUAAAAGAAAAAAAUGAUUCCAACAUAUUUAAGAAUAAUGAUAAUUAUAAUUCGUCUAAUUAUAAUGUACAUAAUGAUAAUGAUAAUAAUAUGUCAUUUAAAGAUUCUUCAAGACAAGAUAAUAUGGAGAAACAAAAAAGUGGAGAAAACAAGCAAUAUUUAAACAACUUCGAUAAUAAUGAUAAUGAUGAUAAUGAUGAUAAUAAUAAUAAUGAUAAUAAUAAUAAUAAUAAUAAUGAUAAUAAUAAUAAUAAUAAUAAUAAUAAUAAUAAUAAUAAUAGUGAUAAUAAUAAUAAUAAUAUGAAUAAUCAAUAUAAUUAUCAAGAAAAUAAUAUUAACACAAAUUAUAACAUUUUGUACACUCCUUCUAAUUGCCAAAUCCAAAACAAUUCAUAUGUGAAUACAAAUGAAAUGUACCAACCAUUAUAUAAUACAUAUCCUUCAAAUGCUAUUCAAGAAAAUUCUUCUAUUAAUAACAACAUCAUUAAUGUAUCACCUUACAUGAAUAACGACAACACCACUAAUAACACGUUCAUUUCUGGUAUGAAUUCUAAUUUAAGUUCUAAUAUUUCCAAUAUUAAUAAUAACACAUACUCAUAUGAUUUAUAUAGUUCAAUGAACAAUAGUUAUAUAAAUAACGACAUUCAAAUAGAAAAUAAUGAUAUUAAUUCAAACACAUUAACAAAUAAUACUGUCAUUAAUAAUUAUGUAGGUAACCAUCAUAUGCAAGAUUCCUAUGUAACACAAAACACAGAAUAUACUAAUCAUAUAUCAAGCCAAACACGUCCCAUUUUACAAUAUUAUACACAUUUCCCAAAUAAUAUAACAAAUAAUAAUUAUUAUAAUGUUCAAAGUGGAAUUAAUGAAGUGCAAACACAAAGUAUGUCCCAAGAAAAUAAUGUGUCCCAUUCAAAUGAAGAAUAUAUGAAUAAUAAUGCACCAAAUAACAAUGUGAACUUUUAUAAUACAUAUGAAUAUAAUAAUAAUCAGAAUAAUAAAAAUGAGAACAUUAAUGAUACCAAUUUUCUUAAUGGUUCUAGUUGGAACAACAACAUGAUUAAUAUUUCUAAUGUUCAGAAUUCUCAAAACAAUGAAAUUUAUUGUGAUAACAUCCAACCUAAUGUAGAUAACUCUAAUAGAAAUCAGAAUUAUGGAAUUUCUAUUGAAAAUAAUAAUAUCACAGAUAACAACCUUAAUGGAAGUAAUAGAACUACAGGAAAUAAUACAUAUUUUAACAACAAUUUUAUGUAUAUUAGCCAGAACAACAUAUUUGAAGGACAGGGAAAUAAAACACUUUUGGAUAAUAGCAACAUUAUGACAACUGGUAUAACAUCCAAUGAAUAUGUGCCUAAUACAAAUUAUGUAUUAAAUAACAUGAAUAAUAAUGUAUAUAAUAGUUUAGAAAGUAAUUAUAUUGGAAAUAUGAAUAAUGCGAUGAAUCAAAUAGGAAUGAAUUCUAACAAUAUUGCAUAUAUGAAUGAGAAUAACCUAUCUAAUAAUAAUAAUAAUGAUAAUAAUAAUGAUAAUAAUAAUUAUUCAUAUGAUAAUAAAAAUGAUGAUAAUAUAUUAAAAGGAAUAAAUCAAAAAGAAUCUAAUAAUGUAUGUGGUACAUUUGUGUCUGAUAGCGAUAUGCAAAGAAUAACAUCAAAUGGAGAUUUCUAUAAUAAUAACUCAUCAUCGUUAUAUACAACAGCAGUUAGUGGAUUAGAAUUUAAUAAUAACAAUUCGAAUAAUUUAUAUUUUAACAAUAAUUCCAUAGCAGCAUGUAAUAUGUUGAAUAAUAAUGUAGAAAAUAAUAAUAAAAUAACUAUAUCUAAUAAUAUGAUACAAAACGAAAUUUCAAACGAAACGAACAAUAAUAAUUCUUUUAAUUCCAUGAAUCAAAACAAUAAUUUUACCAACUUUAUGAAUAUUAAUAAUUAUCAUGGAAAUACAGCUUUAUUACUUCCACAACAAAACAUACAAAAUAAUGAUGUGCACCCUUCAAACAGCUAUGGAAAUAUAAAUAUGAUGAAUAAUAAUAAUUCAGUAUAUUCUAAUAAUACAAACUAUUAUAUAAAUUCUGUAAGGAAUGAUAUCAAUUAUAGUAUGAUAAAUAAUUUCAAUUCCUUUCAUAAUAAUACAACUGAAUAUAUGGUACCUCGAACAACGUAUAAUAAUAGUCUUGGAGAUAAUGCGACAAGAACAACAACAUAUCCAAAUGUAGGUUUAAACAACUUGAAUGUUUAUCAAAACAUGUAUAAUGAAAAUAAUAUGAAUAAUACAAAUAAUAACAUUUUCCAAGAAUAUCCCAAUAAUAUAAUGCCUCCAUAUAAUUUAUCAAAUAACAUAGCGCAUAAUAGUUAUUCAUAUACUGCAUAUAAUUAUACGAACGUUGUUUCAAACCUUAAUAAUAAUAUCGACAUAUCUACUAAUAUAGUGGAUACGAAUUUCAACAUAAGCAAUUCAAAUAAUUAUAAUGUUGAAGAACAAACACAAGAAAUUGCAGUUGAAUAUAAUAAUAAUAUUGAUACAAAUUUUAAUAUAUCUCAGCAAAAUAAUAAUAGUAUUAUUAAUAAUAUGAAUAAUAAUAAUAAUAAUAUUAAUAAUAAUAAUGAUAAUAAUAAUGAUAAUAAUAAUAAUAAUAAUGAUAAUAAUAAUAGCCAAAAGAAUAACCUCACAGAAGUACAAGGUUCUAAUAUCAAUACACCUUCAUCCUAUAAUAUAAGCGCAAGAAGGAGAAGAAGGAUUGGAAAUAAUGGACCACCAAGUGCUGAAGAAUUAAAUAGAUUACUUAAUAUACAACACUUGACCAUACCAGAAAUAGCUACUAUUUAUGGAGUUCACAGAACAACUAUAGCUAGAUGGUGUAAUAUAAGGAAUAUUACAUCAAAUUCUAUGAAUAAUUCCCCUGGGAAAAGAAGAAAAAAUGAAGAUAAUAAAUAA